AUGGCACCUGAUUCGGUGCUAUCUAUCAGUUGUAGUGAACUCUACUACCAAUUCCCACAGCAGCAAUAUAACGAGGGUGGGCGUUUGAUAACCAAUGGAAGCUUAUCAAACGGACGCUACAGCUCAUCGCUAUCGGAUAGCUUGAGGCGCGGUGAGCUGCGUUAUAAUCCGAAUGGCGAUAUCCGAGAGGUGCACCAUAGCUCAUCGGCUCGAAAUGGACGCAUUCAUAAAAGUUAUUCUACUCCGAGGAUUGAUAAUCCUACUGGUGAAGUUGAAAUCUCGGUCUUCGGUAUGACAGCAACGCUAAUUGCCAUUUCGCCUUACCCUUUAGUGGAUUUUGAUUUGAUUUCAAAAAUUCUAUUUGGCCUUAUUAAUCACUAUAUGGAUUUAUGGGAUUGUUUCAUUCGUGCGACAGACGUUUACGCUUAA